CAACACCAAUCUUGCUCCACUCAUAUAAACUUUGUAUUCUAUAUUCCAGCAUUGUAUCUAUAUAUAUAUACAUGUCUAUAUUCCAGCAUUGUAAUGAUAUUUACCACACCGGGUAGCCUGCAAAUCGAUUCAAGGAUGAUGAAGAGCAGUUGGGUGUGGGCCGUGGUGGCGGCGGUGCUGGUGGUGAUGGGGAGUCUGGUGCAGGAAACCCAAGGGGCACCGCCUUGCGGGUCCACUUUUGUCUCCGCAAUUGUUCAGCUCCUGCCGUGUAGGCCGGCGGUUUCCUCCUUUCGGCCCUUCCCGCCCAGCGAGGCUUGCUGUGCUGCCCUCCGGUCUCUCGGGCAGCCGUGCUUGUGCAGCAUCCUCAGCGGGCCCCCCAUUGUCGGCGUUGAUCGCAACAUGGCUCUCCAGCUCCCAGACAAAUGCACUGCCAACUUUGAACCCUGCGAAAUGGGAAAGUAACAUCGCCCCCGAAUGCGAAAAAAGCUGAAUCGGAAGAUGAUGUGAUUACACAUGGAAGGGGAGGGCCAUUUGGGGUUCUAAUUAUCAGAAUAGAUAUAGAGAUGAUAAGUUUCUGGCACAGAUGAUUAUUGGUUAUUAGAUUUAGCCUUAAACUUGAAUAAAGUGACUGUAAUGGU